AUGGUCUUGCACUUCCUUUCGGUUGCGUCCACUUCAAACCAGAAAGUUACAAUCAUUACGAGCAAAUAUACAGAGACCAAUUACAAGCUUGUCUGCUCGAAAGCUGGAAUUCGUUGGGUCCCGUCUCAAAUCAAUUUUUUGGAGAUUCUUCAACCUUUUGGAUCUUUCGAUGUUGACGUCAAGCAAACGAUGGACGAUCUUAUUGAGAAAAUUUCCGGACAUGGCUCUUCUGUUAUCCUUUUCGAUGAUGUGUCACUCUUCGAGCAGCUUGGAACAAAACCUGUCGAAGUUGUUAUUUUUCUUCAUAAGAUCUAUUCUCAUCUGAAAAAGGCAAAAGCAGAGUCAUCUGUUUUGUUCGCUCCGUUCUCAAUUUGUUCUACCGCUUCAACCCUUCUUCAAAACCGAUGCCGUGUUUUUGUUCAAAUGACACCUGUUGGACACGGAUUCGGAAAAGAUGCUUCAUCAAAGGCAGUUUUCACUAUCCGAUCACAAUCAGGUCCAACUACCAAAAAGGGAAUUCUUCUCUCCGGUGAACGAACGAUCAAUGGAUCAUGGGUUUCUGUAGAGUAA